AUGUCCUCUACCCAUACUGCCGACCCUACGACACUCGGCUGGGCCUGUCACAUCCAUCCGAAUGGCUGGAAAUAUUUCCGCAAAGAUAAUCUGGUCACCGACGUCGAUGUUGCGGAGUUACAUGAAGUGGAGAACUAUGCGAGUAUCUUCCAGAGCGCUCUGGGCGAGGACAAGUAUGAGAUAUCCGUCAGUAAAUCCGAUGAAGAUGAAGCCUUGAAGACUCUCCUCGUCAAUCACGAAAUGCGCUGUGCGUCUGAACAGAAGGAAGACAUCAUGUCUGCUGACGGAAACGCCGAGUGUUACGACCGUCGUAUAGCGUAUUGGGAAUUCAUGUGCCGAUAUCCUUCACAUCGGCCCCUUCCUCCCCAUGCAUUGUCCGUCGCGCGCCAGCUUCUGGAUUGCUACAUUAUGGAUGCUCUAAGACGAAGAUCAGAGUCCCAUGCUCCGUUCUCUUUGGAGCAGUCGAGAGAACUAUUGGAAUAUUUACAGAAAAGCGAUGGCAUGCAGGAUGAACGAUCACGAAUGCCGAGAGGCUCUGCCUCUUCCUUCGACAUCCCGUCAAAGUCGGCCUCUUUGACCGCUUUGGUAUCAUGGAUUAUGCUUACUUCAGCUCGGCAUGGCGAUUUACACAAGUAUGGCCAGCGAUCUGCGCAUGGCUUCCCGUCGCAGCGGAGGAAGAGAGACCAUCCCAGCUAUUUGAUCUUCUCUAUGCUUUGCUUCGGCGCUCCAAGAAGUCAUUUGCAUCGCGCAAAUUUUGCCUUAACGACUAUGAAGCUGCAGGGCAGGGUCGAUGCUUGGGCUGAGUACCUUGACCUAUUGAACGGGGAGCUUCAGAUCUCAGUGCUCGUGGCUACAGUGGUGCUGACGGCCGCGGUAUCGUUCCUCGCAGUCCCGGGGAUGGUCGGCUUAACUCUCGUCAUUACCUUACUGACCGUUGCUUUCACAUUGGGGAGCAUAAUGACCGGAAUCUACUUACAGUGGCAAACAGGCAAGAUCAAGUUUGGAAGCAUUACAGCCUCGAGGGCGGCACUGCUUUCCGUGUUCUUCAGCAUCCCCUUUGCCCUCCUGACAUGGGCUAUGAUUCUCUUCACUGCGGCCGUCCUGCUGUACUCCUUCUUCGGUAUCCAGAUGAUACCUGAUCAGCCUUCCCAGCGAUUCGACCGAGCAACAUACAUAUCGGUUUUCACCUCCAGCUUCCUCUUUAUCUGCAUCAUAAGCGUUACCGUUGUCUUCUUUCGGCAUCUCCGGUAUACGCACCGUCGUGGUCCGGGCCGGGAUUGA